AAAAGUUUGGGAACCACUGACUUAAAGGAUAGUAGCUAAAUGCAAAUGCAAUGAUUUCUAAAAUCAAGAACUGGGUGGACAUUGGUGAAUUGUUWUGAAUUUUCUAUCCAUCCAGGUUCAAAUAGGCAUCAUUUAAUUUUUGACAACUGGAGGCUUAAAUGUAUUGUACUGACCUGUAAAUACUCUCAAAUUUCCAGGUGGUCUAGGGUGCAGUAUAGUUUUUACUGAGUACCAAUAAUAUAAUGUCAGAUAGUUUUUAAAUUUCGGAUAUUUAGAGUAWUUUAAAGUCAACACUCAAGUUUACGUGUUUGAGACUUUUAUUUUGAAGGACGGAAAGAAGUUUUGGAAGUUCCGCUGCGCUGGGAGUAACAAACCACACCUCAGUCAGACUGUUUCASAGCAAACCUUUUAUGAUAUUUUGUAGUUCAACCCUGCGAGAGUACGCCCACAACUCUUUAAUAAUGUAAAACAACGAAACAAACGCAAUGCGAAUAAAUUGCGACAUUAACACGACAUUUGUGCAAUAGUAUGUUUGCAUACGGAGRCGUACGAAACUCCUCGCAAACGGCUCGCCGCCAUUUUUGUCGACGCCGACACAGCCGCGAGUCGCGACCGACAGUUUCACCACCAUGCCACCCAAGAGCAAGACAGAUAAAGCUAGGUGGGCUGCCGCACGUGUGCUCGAGAAGAAAAAAMGAAAAUACACACCUGCGGCUCACGGGGACCGGCAGUACCCCUGGAGAAACGGACACCAGCAAACAAUGGCGGAAUUUUGGCUCAAUCACCCAGUUUUCUACGACAAGACACAGCAGCAUUUCAAGAACAAAGACAUGAAGAARCAACUCGCGCAGGAGUUGAUUGAGCAAAACCGCGAGGAGUGGGAAAAGAUCCACACACCCCUGCCCACCGUGACACAAGUGGAUGCACAUUUGCGCAACAUACGAACCAGAUUUGUGAAGGUGAUGAAACGCAAAUCUGAUGCUCCUGAGUUGACAUUGUCAUACACCGAUCAGAAGAUCUUUGAGCGGUACCARUUUCUUUGCCCACACAUUCAACGCAAAAGGAAAAUAAAAGCAAGAGUAGCACACACUCCUGGAGGCGAUGAUGAUGAAGAGGAGGAUGAUGAUGAUGAUGACGAUGAUGAUGACAAUGAUGACGAGGAUGAUGAUAUUGAUGAUCAGAGUCUGCAGGGGAGUCAGCAGCCCUCUGCCUCCCAUACCCAGUACCAAGGGAAAGGAAAGGGAAAACACAGAGGACCGCUCCUUUCUCCUCUGAAAUCUGAUUUAACACACAGCGACGACAUGUGUGAGAUGGAGAUAUUGCAGCAGGCCAAGAAUCUGAUCUCCAACAUCAGGACCCCAACAGUGAGCGGUCACGAGCGGCGGGUCAGAGACUUCAGCAGRUAUAUAGAGUCUGAGAUGCUUCGAAUCCCAGAGUCUUUGUGGGAUGAGUGUAGUUUCACAAUAAUGGACGUGAUCAGAGGGUUCAAGACUGCGCAGCACCAGGGUCACGUGGCUCUGUCCCUGUCCCAGCAGCAUGCAUACCAGCAGAACAGCCAUGGACACAACAAUGAACAUCAGUGAUGGAGAUUUGCAGUCAACAAACCUGAAAUCCCUGGUGUCUGAAAACACCAAGAAGACGGCUUCUGGAAAACUCAAAGACGGGUGUCCCUCUGGAAGACCAGACCUUCUGGAAGUCUCUUUUCAAGACUGGAAGUCUUGAAGAUUUGAAUCUAGACUGGUUCUUCAAGCUGAGGAAAGACCUGCUCAUAAAUUCUCAAAGGAUCAAGAKGUUCUUUAGGAAUAUUUCAUCACAUAUUGAUGGACAUCUGCACUGUCCAAAAACGAUCUGUUCUGACUUUAUUGUGCUUAGGAGAGACACCURUUAUGUAACUGUCUCAUAUGUGGAAAAAUACUACUACUGAGAUUCACUUAGAAACCUUGCAACAUCUCAAGGUUCUUACAGAGAAAGCUUUUAUCAGUGCCUUCAAGAACCCAACGCAGAAGAAUCCACACAAGCUGGUGACCCCAAUUGUCAAAGAGUUUGAGGGUGGUGGUGGGAUUUCUGCAGCUAAAGAUGAAGCCUCCUCAGACUGCGAGCAGGAUCUCGUCUCGUCUCUGGAGGCCAACAUUCAGGCCCGCACUUUACAGAUGUAUAGCAAUGUGAGAAUCCUGACAGGAAAAAAAAUGUUCCUUUUACAAAGUCUCCAUCAGCAGAGUGGUCACCAAACAUCCCACAGACCACCACUGCUGAGAAAAAGUAAACAACCACGAUGGAAUACGGUUCUGUCCUCGUCAACAAAAACAGAAUAUUCUCUUUCACAUUUGAAAACACACAGGCACUUUGGGUUGCUACUAUGAGUCACAGACAGCCUUGGCUACUUAUGAGUUUCUGUUCAGGAUGCAGAGAUGAGAAUUGACUGUUGAAAGUGAAAAAUAAGACAUGAAGUUCUUGCAGUGUUUAAAGAAAUGUUUAACCUUUUAAAAUUUUUAAGUUUUAAUGAUUUUUCCUGAUGUUAUUUUGCUUUUCAGCUCUGACAAUGCAAUACAAAGGGUGAGAGAAACAUGUACGUUUGAGAUMAUCAUAAAUUCACUUUUUACAAUUUAGUUUUAUGUAACUGUUACUCUGAAUGUUUAAGUAAAGAAGUGUCCAUUGYUGAUUGGUUAGUUUCAAAUCCUGCCAAUGGGCUGGAUGAAGACCUGAACCCUGUCCAAACUGAUUUCACCAUUUAGAUUUGUGUCAGUUACUACAGCAGACUUUUAUUUUGGUAACUUGAKUUAGAAUGUUGAGAACCCAGCAGAACCAGGCUCAAGGUUGCCAGAAGAAGCAAUGAAGUGCUCAUCUCAGAACAGCUGCACUUGAUGAUCUAUAAAGAUCUGCUUGGACACAAAAACCUAAAUCCUUUGGAACCAGGAACCGGACCAAACGUCCUGUGAGCAACAGUGACCUUCAAAGAAGCCUUUUUCUCUCAUUUAACUAGUGUUGGUAAAACUACAUUAUCUGAAGCUGAAUGUCUCAAGACUCCAGGAUACUUAAAAUUAUUCUGGUUAAAGACGGAUUCACUUUGUGGCUGUUUUUGUCUUUUUCAUUUUAUUUCCUUUAAUUCGAUUGUUAGCUCUGUUUUCUUCAUUUCAACAGUUUAAAUGGGGUAAUAACUCAGAUCUGUAUCUUGGUGUUUGAACAUGRCUCAGUAUUCACCUUUGGCCAUAAGGUUACUGAAAAUAUUUAAUAGCCUAUUUUAUGAUUUGUUAAUAUGUGAAUAAAAUUAUUUUAUACUAAAA